AUGAUGCAUCUUACUGUUCAGAGCAUCUUCCUGGGUGCUGCUGUCGCCGCGGCACUACAAGAACCCCUGCCGACCCCCGGUGACAGCCCUCAUUGGAACCAGUUUCCAGACCCACCAUCCCUAGAAGUGCUAAAGUGCGAACAUCUCGUCAAAGAAUUUGUCGAACUCGGUAACGCAUACUACAUUGGCACAUACCGUUCCGACGAGGCCCCUCCCAAGGACAGGUGGAGAAGCCUCACCCACCCGAAUCUUCCAUACCUCGACAUCCAGAAGUGUCAGGAUCUCAUCGAAGAGUACAAGGAGAAGACCUACAGGUGGCCCUUGGAGGCCGGCCUGUGCGGCGUGGCCGAUUACAAAGACUGUCUGUGGAAUAACAAGCUUGACCCCAAGUGCGAGGACAAGCUGGGCCAACAUGGCGACUGUCGCCCAGACAUGAAGAAGUGGAUCAUAGACUCCUACGGCACCAAGGUCAUAUCCCACUACAAUCACGUCCACGGCCAACCAGGCCAUCACAAUGGGCCAACUGCCAGCUCCAUCCAGGCCCGUCGCGAAAGCUCCGAUAUCACCAACCCCCCUCCGACGGUCGAGUGCCUCCUAAGCUGUCUCCGUGGGCCGGCGAGAACCAUCGAGGAGGUAGCCGCCAGAGCCGCAUGUGUGCGCGGCUGUAGCGAGAAGGCCGAGUCCCUAGACGUCGCAAGUAACGAAAACCUGGCCAGCUCUACCAAAGAGGCACAGGACGCACACCCCGAGGGCGUUGUUGAGAAGCGAGAUUGUGCAUCCGACUGUAUUGAUAAUUCUCGCAGCAAGGCAGAGAUGACUAAGUGUUUCCAGAAGUGCGUGGAUGACGGCGAAUGGGACUUAUCCGACGGAAGCACACCCGCCAGCCCCAUCCAGGCCCAUGACGCAGACUCUGAGGCUGGAGUUCUUGUUGAAAAGCGGUCGCCAGGAUGCACAUCAAAAUGUAUGCGCGGGCCGCCGAGAACGCCCAAGGAGAGACACAAUUGUAUUCGCCGUUGCCCAACGAGGUCUCUUGAUUGA